AUGGGUCCUGACUUCAACAUGGAGAAGCUCGAGGAAUUCCUGCAUCUAAACAAGUCCGUCAAGUUUAUCCGUCUGCAAUGGGUCGACUACUCUGGCGUGCUGCGCGCCCACUUUGUCCCCGUCGGUAGGUGUCUUCAAAUCGCCAAUGGCGAUGACACCGUCCAUCUAUCGGGGAACAGUAUGACGACACCAAUUUCUAUUGCUCCGGACGUUAUCCCACUCCACGAAUAUCACGAGAGAUGGGAUCUGCUUCCCGACUGGUCUUCUCUGCGCCGUUGUGGCUUGAACACCGGUCAUGCCGUCGCCAUGAGCUUCGUCGAUCAGAAACAGACCCAUGCAAGGUUCGAUAAAUGUCCGCGCAUGCUGCUAACUCGUGCUCUCGAGCGGUUUGAGAAGCAAUGGCGUGCAACAGUCACGAUUGGAUUCGAGAUUGAAUUCGUCCUCUUGGAUAAAUCAAAUGAAUCCAUUAAGCCGCUGGACCGCCCGACCGGCUACUCAAGCACUGCUGGCCUGCGCGGCGAAACGUUGGACUUGGUCGAAGAGAUCAUGAGUGCCCUUGAAAAAUCAUCCAUCGCUGUUCACCACUUCAACACCGAAGCGGAGGAUCAGCUCAAGAUCGCCCUUGCUGCCCAGCCUGUGCUCCAAGCUAUCGAUUCGCUCGUUCUGGCGCAGGAAACCAUCCGCACUAUAUGUACGCGCCGAAAUAUCAAGGCAGCCAUGACCCCAAAAUCGACGUUUUCUGGACCAUCAAAUGGGCUCCAUCUCCACCUUUCGCUUCAUACACUUAUGGGUCCACGGCACUUCAUUGCUGGUAUCCUUAGCCAUAUGACCUCUCUCUACGCCUUUGGUAUGGCCAACUAUGACAGUUAUGUUCGCUCGAAUAACAAUGCUGCGGGUGAAUGGAUUGGAUUCGGCACCAACAAUCGCGACUUGCCGGUGCGAAGGAUCGAUGAACAGCAUUGGGAAUUCCGCAUGAUGGAUAGCACGGCGAACCCGUAUCUAUUCACAGCGGCUGUUUUGUUUGCUGGUAUGGAUGGAUUGAAAAACUAUACCAAGUUGAUUUGGCAGGACUGUACUCUCUUUCCAGAUUUAAUGAGCGGGCAUAUGCUGGCCGCACAUGGAAUGGUGAAGGCCAUGCCGAUCACGCUCAAAGGAGCGCUGGAUUGUCUUAAGAAGGAUGUCGCUUUUAAAGACUGGAUUGGCGAGGCUUUGCUAAAGUAUUUCCUCUCCAUCAAGGACAAAGAGGUCGAGCAGUUCGGGAAGAUGACAGAGGACAAGAGGCGGCUUCGCUUCUUGGAGUACUUUUGA